UGCUUUAUUAGCUGGGAGUGGUGGAGAAAAGCCAGGCAGGAAGAGGCAGUAAUAAGUAACAUUUUUAACUUCUCCCACAUCAGAGCUGCCAAACCACUGCUUUCAGGCAAGAGGAAAAGAGCAGAGGGGGCUGGAAAGAGGAUCCUGUCCCCACAACGCACCCACCCCCCACUGCCUGCUGCUUUCAACAUGCACCGGCCUCCUUGAGGGAGGCUUCAACUAAGGCUACAUCUCAGACUCAAUCUGGGGAAACUCUCUUCCGAGUCAUCUGGAAAAUCGGAGGGGUGUGGGGUUGUGUUACGCUGUGGCCGGAAAAGAGACCCAUGAAUCCAUCUCAGGCGAAGCCUCUGAAUCCCAUGAGGAGCUGCCCAGAAAACCCACUUCCGACUUUGGUUUCAAAGAAAGAUCCCCCAUCCGAGGAAGUGUUCGCCAAGGCCUGCUGAGAGUAGGAUAUUCCCAGGAUAUAGCAAGCGGCCAAGAUCUGCUUCGUUCCACCUACAAAGACCCCUUGGGCAAAAUGCUGCAAGACGCUUCUGUGGGCCUUUUGUUGGCAAGCGUGAGUCUCCUGACAAGCGUUGUCUCUGGUGAGUUGAUGUGUGUUUGUGAUGAGACAGCACCCUACUGUGAAGAAAACCUUACUUGUUCCGGGAUGCUCUGUUUUGUAAGCAAGCAUCAGCAGGAUGGGGAAACUAUCCUAAGGAAAGGAUGCCUGGCAACUGAGUAUGAGCUAUGCAAAGGCUCCAUCCAAGAAAACUAUGGCAUGAAGUGCUGCGGUUCCAAUAUGUGCAAUUUUAAUCUUUCCAUCAUGCUGAAAGAUAAAGAAGAGCCAGGCCUGCCCCUUAAGAAUCUUCUCCUGAUGAUCCUGGUUCCGUUAUUUGUUAUUGUUCUCCUUGGUGUGUUGGUGGGACUCUUUUUAUGGAAAAGCCGGAAGAGACAAAUCCAGUUUGGUCACAAUGAACUAGGGGAUAUGGACUUCAUCCUGAAGGCAUCCAUGACUGGUGACAGUACCUUAGAAGACUUGUUGGAUGAUGACUGCACCACCGGGAGUGGCUCUGGGCUGCCCUUCCUUGUCCAAAGAACUGUGGCUCGGCAGAUCACCCUGGUUGAGUGUGUUGGCAAAGGACGCUAUGGGGAAGUUUGGCGUGGUACAUGGCAUGGAGAGAACGUGGCUGUCAAGAUCUUCUCUUCCCGGGAUGAACAGUCUUGGUUCCGUGAGACAGAGAUCUACAAUACAGUGCUGCUGAGGCAUGACAACAUCUUAGGAUUCAUUGCUUCUGACAUGACAUCCAGGAACUCCAGCACCCAGCUGUGGCUGAUCACCCACUACCAUGAGCAUGGCUCCCUCUAUGACUACCUGCAGUGCACCUCACUGGAUGUAGAAACUUGUUUGCAGUUGGCUGCCUCUGUCAUCUGUGGGCUUGUUCACCUGCACGUGGAGAUUUUUGGUACCCAGGGCAAGCCAGCCAUUGCUCACCGUGACCUGAAAAGCAGGAACAUCUUGGUGAAAAACAACAAACAAUGCUGCAUUGCUGAUCUGGGCCUGGCCGUCAUGCAUUCCCAGCAUAGUGACCUCUUGGACAUUGGGAACAACCCACGGGUGGGCACCAAGCGCUACAUGGCACCGGAGGUCUUAGAUGAACAGAUUCGCAUGGACUGCUUUGAAUCCUUCAAACGGACUGACAUCUGGGCCUAUGGCCUCGUCCUCUGGGAGAUCGCCCGGAGAACAGUCGUAAACGGGGUUGUAGAAGAUUACCGGCCUCCCUUCUUCGACCUGGUGCCCUCCGAUCCCAGCUUUGAAGAUAUGAAGAAGGUGGUUUGCAUUGACCAGCAGACUCCCACCAUCCCAAACCGGCUCUACUCGGAUCCAACUUUGUCUGCCCUGACUAAGAUCAUGAAAGAAUGCUGGUUCCAGAGCCCCUCAGCCAGACUUACAGCUUUGAGGAUUAAAAAGACACUGAAAAAGCUCAGCACCUCCUUUGACAAACCCAAACAGCCUUCCUUACAGCGAGACCAGCCCAGGGACCAGAGAUCAAAUGUCUGAUUUGUUGGCUGGGCAAGAAAGUUCAAGGUCACCCCCCUCCCCACCCCCACCCUGCAUUUGCAGCCUCUCUCUGGUCCUCCUGGCCUCUGUCAGUGGUUGCUGCUGCAAACCUUGUUUGAAAUCUAGCCAAGGGGAUUUGGGCUAGAGCCCCCAUGGCUGGGAUUGAUCCUUUGCAAGGAAAUUUCACGGAACAGAUGACGGCUUUGGGCCUCCUUAAUUUGUUUUCUCUAGCAACAAAAGGGAGGGGACAACACCCACCUCUCUCCCAGAACAUACAUUAAUAGAAAUACCCCCUGGAUCCGUAACCUGACGCCAGCUCGUCUCGCCACAUAUGCCUGGAAAAAAAAAAGAGGGAGGGAUCGUGCUUGGAAACAGCGCAGCUGCUCUGCCUAAAGGGGUGCUGCUGUGGAAACACCAAUUAAGGGUCAUUCAUAAGCUAGUUUUUAGAUUGGGUCUGGAGGAUCUGCUUGUGUGAGUUUCGUAUUGCACAGAGCAUGUGGGAUAUCGAAGAGAGCGAGAAAGCCUACUCAGAGGUAUUUCCUUGCCAAAAGAGGGCCAGAUUCACAUGCACAUGGAUAGGAGUGGUUCCUGCAGGGGAAUUUGUGAGCAGAAUGCAGACAUCACCACUGUUUGCACGUACGUGUGUGUGUGUGUGUGUGUGCAU